CAUGAAUUCUCUAUCAUUAUCAUCAUCAUCUUUGGUUCUUUUCCUGGCUCUGACCAGGCGGAAGUGAAAAGCAGUCGCACGCACUACUGGACUUGUCAUCUUGUACGCUUUCACUCAUCUGCGGUGGGUCGGGAUUAAACUGCGGCGCGGCCGCUGCUGUAAUUUACGACGUCCCCCGCGAGUGGGAGUCCCCAAACGUAGCGGAUGGAGCCACGGGGGCCGGUGCUCCACAUCGUGGUGGUCGCCUUCCACCACAAGAAGGGCUGCCAGGUGCGUCAGCCUCCUCCUUACCCUCCGAUAGCAACAUGCUAACUGCUACGAUCCCUCCACCUGAAAGCAGGCAGUGUUGAUGAUGAUGAUGAUGAUGAUGAUGAUGAUGAUGAUGCUGCUGCUGCAUCAGCUGUUUUCUGGUGGUAACGUAACGCCCUGCACAUCUUGCCGCACAACAGACACACAGCAACAUUCGGGUCUCAAAGUAAGGGUUUCUAGCCUGGGUUCUGGUUUCAAAGUAGGCUUCGAAGACAGGGUUGGGAUUUUAUAGUAAGGUUUUAAACCCGGACUUGGGUUUCAAGUAACUUCAAGUGUGUUUACUCGCAGGCAAUCCUGCUGUUCCUGUGUCUCCUUCAUUGUUGGUCUGAACCCAAACCUGCCAGUUGGGCUUUGAUUGAGGGAGGCCUCUGUACACUAAACCUGUUCUGCAAACUUAACACCUGUCAGGCGGCCACGUUGGCAUUUUGCCUUGAGCGUGACAAAAGACGCUCGCUUGGGGUGGAGUUUUCGUACCCGCCGCUGAUGCCGCGCGAGGGCCACGAUAGCAACAUGCUGCCCGACGAGUGGAAGUACCUUCCUUUCCUGGCGCUUCCCGACGGAGCUCACAACUACCAGGAAGACACCAUCUACUUCCACUUGCCACCCCUCGGCGGGGACACCAAGUGCAUCUACGGCGUGUCGUGCUACCGGCAGAUCGAGGCUAAGGCGCUGAAGGUCCGACAGGCCGACGUCACCCGGGAAACGGUGCAGAAGAGCGUCUGCGUGCUCAGCCGGGUGCCUCUGUUCGGUCUUCUGCAAGCCAAACUGCAGCUGAUCACACACGCAUACUUUGAGGAGAAAGACUUCUCCCAGAUCUCCAUCCUGAAAGAGCUCUACGAGCACAUGAACAGCUCCCUGAGGGGUUCCACUCUGGACGGCUCGCAGGUCUUCCUCGGCUUGUCACCGCGAGAUCUCAUCCUGCACUUCAGACACAAGGUUCUCAUCCUCUUCAAGCUCAUCCUGCUGGAGAAGAAGGUGCUCUUCUACGUGUCGCCCGUCAGCAGACUGGUGGGAACGCUGAUGACCGUCCUGUCGUUGUUCCCAGGCAUGAUGGAGCACGGCCUGGUGGACUCGUCCCACUACCGGCCAAAGAGCAGCGUGCCCGAGGACUCGAACCCGGCGGCCGAGGAGUUCGUGUCCGUGUCGGCCUCGGAGCUGAGGGGCGAGGGGGACGUCGGCUCGUCGUUCUCCGCUAACGGCGCCGACCCCCAACUCAAGCCGCCCUCCCGCACGUCCCCCGAGUCUUCGGAGAGCGACUGGGAGACGCUGGACCCCGGCGUGCUGGACGAGGGGCCCAAGCAGACGGCCGAGGGACAGGGGCCGGGGGCCGAGGCGCCCAUCACGGUGCAGCCGCUCGGGGGGCAGGUCGGCGUCACCCAGGGGCUGCUGUCGGGUCUGGAGGAGGACCAGUACGGCAUGCCGCUCGCCAUCUUCACCAAAGGUUACCUGUGUCUUCCGUACAUGGCGCUGCAGCAGCACCACCUUCUGUCGGACGUGUCGGUGCGCGGCUUCGUCGGCGGAGCGACCAACAUCUUGUUCCGACAGCAGAGGCACCUGAGCGACGCCGUGGUGGAGGUGGACGAGGGGAGCGUCCAGAUCCACGACGGCGAGCUGCGCAAAGUUCUGGGCCUGACGACGGCCGACCUGCGCUUCGCCGACUACCUGCUCAAACACGUGACGGAGAACCGCGACGACGUCUUCCUGGACGGGACGGGCUGGGAGGGCGGCGACGAGUGGAUCCGGGCGCAGUUCGCGCUCUACCUCCACGCCCUGCUGGCGUCCUGCUUGCAGCAAGAUAACGAGAGGCUGCUGGCGGAUUACGGCGCCCCCUUUAUCGCCGCCUGGAAGGUCACACACAACUACUGCCUGUGGCACAGCAACAAGCACGCCGCCAUGGCUGCCGUGACGCCGGGACAUCCUUUCCAGGGACAGUACAGCGUCGCCGACGUCAAACUGCGCCUGUCACACUCAGUACACAACAGCGAGCGAGGCAAAAAGAUUGGGAACGCCAUGAUGACCACCAGCAGGAGCGUGGUCCAGACCGGGAAGGCCGUUGGUCAGUCAGUGGGCGGAGCCUUAACCAGCGCCAAAUCAGUCAUGUCAUCCUGGUUCUCCACCCUGGCGCAGCCCGCCGCCGUGUCCCAGCCGGACGCUCCCACGGGCCAGGCUGAACCCUGACCCGCUUGCAUCAGGUUGGUUCCCCCCCGCCGCUAGCAGAGACUCGACAUGUUGACAGGAAGGUGGCGCCGAUGUGACCGAGCUGUUCACAUCACUGCCAUUUUGAAACGCUGGACUACUUCCUGUGACGGACGCCACAUGCUGUAGCUUUCACGCCGUCCCUGUUUGCCACUACAACAGCCCAGCUUCUGUCAGAACAUUGUGGUUGCCUUGGUAACAGUCUAGUUGUCAUGGUAACAGGGCAGUUGUCUCGGUCAACCCGCUGCUUGGUCAACACGGAAUGGGAAAAUAAGUUGACAUUUUAAAGAAAUUUAAACUUUUUCUUCUUUUUAAGUAACGAAUGUAGAACCCUGUCAGUGUUGACUUUAAUCAAAUUAGCUCAGCAUUCACAUUUGAAGUUGAUGUAAAGAUUUGCUAACAAUUUAUUCAUUUCACAAUUUUUAUCAGUCAGGAAUAUAUUUUUUGUAGUUUUUUUUUUUUUUUUUUCUUGAGCAAAUUCCCCUUUUAUAAAAUAUUUAGGUUAUCCUCAUGAGCGAGUUUAACAUGCUGGAGCCGAUGAGUAACAGAUCAUUCACAUUUGUUAAUUUUAAAUAUAAAAAUAUUUUUUAGAAGGGGGCAGCAAAUGCAGUUACUUGACCAGCCACAUUGUUAUGACACGAAUCUUUGUGUAACUCAACCUCCAAAACUGACAACUUUCACCGGCUCGUCGAGUCUGAAUGAUCUUAUGUGUAUGACGUUCAUAAAUCCCCAAAAAUAUCUGUUCAUGGUUUGUCUGGACACUGGUGGAAGUCCUGAUGUUUGCGACCUUAACUUGUACGACUGUCAUUUCUUGUCAUGUAACUUUAUGCUUUGUGACAAAUUUAAAUACAGUACAGUGUGUGCAUGUCAUCAUCAGGAAUGUUUUUCUUCCCUUUGGGCAUUCUUAUUUAUACUUAAUUGUAAACAAAGUUAAGCUGCUUUUUUUUUUUUUUUUUUAAUUCCUCUGAUUACAUUUUAUUUUUUAAUUUAAAAAAAAUGUAAUGUGUAUUCAGAUCCACAGAAUAUUUUCUUGACAGAUGCUUGUAAUGUAAAAAGAUGUCAAACUAUAUUGCUGUAUUAAAAAGAACACCACA